UCCUCAGCGCGCCCUCAAGAAAUAUCCUAAUUCGCAACAGCCUGCACGCCACCUCAGAAAGCCAAGAAGACUGCUUUGGACAAUUUUUGAUCGAUUUUCUUUUACAAAGACAACGAAAUGGCGCGUGGCAACCAGCGCGACAAGGCCAGGGAGAAGAACCUCAAGGAGCAGGCUGGAAAGAAAGGCAAGAACACUCAAUCCGGUACCGAAUUCGCGCGCACCAAGGAGAACGUAGCAGAGAUCAUGCGCGCUAAGCAGGCUGCUGCUGAGGCAAAGAAGGCCGCUGAGGGCGCUAAGAAAUGAGCGGUCAGACAAGAUGCGCAACGCGACAACGACAACAUCUUGACACAACAGCACUGUCGCAGUCAAGCUGUAUAGAGGCCUAUCAUCAUGAAGCGGAGUUUCUUGGGUUUGUAUAAGAAGGCGAAGGAGUGUGCUUGGAUUGAUUUUGGAUACACCGAAUACACCGAUUUCUGACUUUGAACGCCGUGAGGAGCCCAUUGCGCCCUUCUCCCAUGCAACACACAGGUCUUCGUCACGAUUGAAACGCAAACACCAAACACUAAUAGCAGAUUUCAGAGCGGCAAAGAUUGUGAA